UCUACAAAUACAAAGAGUCCCCUUUCAUUUCCUUCCCCUAAACAAUCAAUAAUUCCUAUCCUCUUAUUUUCUUCCUCCCCACAACAUGAUGUUGCUGGUGCCGUGUCAAUUGCCAUAAACCCCACCUCUGUUCCAUGUGUUUUCAUGUGAACCCCAUUUCAUGGAAGCGCCAUAAUACCGCGGAGCACACUAUCAUUUGUCCAAAUAGUCUCAUUGACUCUCUCUCUGGGCUAUAGUGGGGUGGAGCCCAUAGCUGGACCUCUGCUUUGCUGGCUUCAAGCUUUCCAUUGUUGGUCUUUUAUGGGGCUUGUCUGCUGAGAAAGAAGGAGAAAAAGAACUCAAACAAAGAUUGAGUUUGCCCAAUAUAUUGCCUCUGGGUCUUUCGCCAAAGUCCCAUUUCACGUUUCUGCUCCUUUCCUCUGGGUCUAUAAGCCAAAAAAGCAAACACAACAAAGACCCAUUUUUUUUCGCUCAUCUUUGAUUUGAUGGAUCCACAGAUCUAAUGCUCUGUCAUGCCCACAUGAGCUUCUUCUUGCUCUUUCCAGAUCCUCUUCUCUUCGUCAACUGUAGCACACAGUAGCUUGCAGGAAACAGCCAACUUGUAUUGGGAAACAAGGAUUGCUUCUCAGUAUAUAGGACCUGAUUCCUUCUGUUUAUGGUGCAAUCCCCCAACUGAAUUUAACAGUGAAGUCGGCUUCUUUGUCAGUUAUCUGAUAUUGUUAGUGCAUGAAUAUUAUGCUGUGAAGUUGAGAAGAACACAAUUCACAAUUGGGAUUUUUGGGUCGGAGUUGGUUUUGAUCUGGAUGAUAAUUUUGAGGGUUGUUUGGAUGAGAUGAGGGAUGUUAUCGGAGUUGAUGAACUUUUUGAGGGCCUGUUUUCGGCCGAGGUCGGAUCGAUAUGUUCACGCAGGGUCGGAUGCGGGGGGUCGGCAAGAAGGGCUAUUGUGGUACAAAGACAGUGGACAGCACUUGAAUGGUGAAUUCUCUAUGGCUGUAGUCCAGGCCAACAACUUGCUUGAGGACCAGAGUCAGAUUGAGUCGGGCAAUUUGAGCUCGCACGAGACUGGCCCCUAUGGUACCUUUAUUGGUGUCUAUGACGGGCACGGUGGGCCUGAGACAUCGCGCUAUGUCAAUGAUCACCUAUUUCAGCAUCUCAAGAGGUUUACUACGGAGCAGCAAUCAAUGUCAGUGGAUGUGAUACGGAAAGCAUUUCAAGCGACAGAAGAUGGGUUCUUGUCUGUUGUUACCAAACAAUGGCCAAUUAAACCGCAGAUUGCAGCGGUUGGGUCAUGCGUUCUUGUCGGUGUUGUUUGUAGUGGAACCCUUUACAUUGCCAACCUUGGUGAUUCCCGUGCUGUCAUGGGAAGAGUUGUGAAGGCAACAGGAGAGGUUUUAGCCAUUCAAUUGUCAGUAGAGCACAAUGUGAGUAUAGAGUCCGUGAGACAGGAGCUGCAUUCUUUGCAUCCUGAUGACCCGCAGAUUGUAGUUUUGAAGCAUAAUGUCUGGCGUGUGAAGGGACUUAUACAGAUUUCUAGAUCUAUUGGUGACGAAUAUUUAAAAAAGGCUGAGUUCAACAGGGAGCCUUUGUACUCUAAAUUUCGCCUUCGCGAACCUUUGAAAAGGCCAAUACUGAGCUCUGAACCAACAAUUUCAGUGCACCCAUUGCAACCACAUGAUCAAUUUAUUAUCUUUGCAUCUGAUGGGCUCUGGGAACACCUUAGCAAUCAGGAAGCAGUUGAUAUAGUUCAGAAUCGUCAACACAGCGUGGACAUCUGUUCGGACAUUAAGUUCAGUUGGGAGUUCUUCAGAUUAGUUCAGGCUGCUGAUUUUGGCUGCCCUCUUGGUGAGAAGAAAGUGAUGUCAUUUGAACACUGUUAUAUUAUGUCUGUGAGGGGAAGUGCAAGAAGGCUGGUAAAAGCUGCUUUGCAGGAAGCAGCAAAGAAGAGAGAAAUGAGGUAUUCAGACUUGAAGAAGAUUGACCGUGGAGUCCGCCGCCAUUUCCACGAUGACAUCACAGUGAUUGUUGUCUUUUUCGACUCAAAUCUCGUGAGCCGGGCUAGCUCCGUCAAGUGCCCUAAUAUAUCGGUGAGAGGGGGCGGUAUAAACCUUCCUCCUAACACGCUGGCUCCUUUUGCUACACCAACGGAAGCUGGCAAUACCUAGUUAAGCUGUAUCUCAUGCUUGUCUGUUGUAUUAUUCUCUUUUGUGUGAAUAUCAGGUAGCUUCCAGAAGAGAUCAGAGGAGCAGGCCUUAAAUUCUUUAGUGUACACUGUAACCUUUAACUGGAAACUAAUACUUGCAUUUAGCUCCUGUGCCAAAAAUGAGAAAAAGAAAUGGAGAAAGAGAACUCUUUUAGGUGAUA